CUUGCCUCCCAUUGGCUCUUACCCGCCCGCGCCCCACCUCCCAUUGGCUCCUUGCCCGGCGCGCGCCCCGCCCCUGUAGCGUCCGUUGCCCUGGGAAACACUGCGCGGGGGGCGGAGCUUGAGGGCGAGGAGAGCCCAACGUGUGCGGGGCAGCCCACAAUGAGCGCGCGCCGCCGCGGCCCCCCUGGGGACAAGAAACUGCGCAAGACCUCUGGGCGCGGGUCCUCCGUGGUCUUGGACACCGGCCCGCCACCACCCCCACCGCCGCCUGCUCUGGAGGAUGCUGCUGUCAGCUCUCCAGGACCUGGCGAGGGGGUAGCGAAGGCCCAGGAGGAGGCUGAAGCUGAAGAAGAGGCAUGCCUCUCUUUGGAGGAGAAAGAAGUGGAUUUGAAACCCUAUAUCCAAAGCAGGCUGGGCCUGAGCGGGGUCCAGGAUGACAUGUGGACAGAAGAGCACAAGGCAGCUGUGGACGUGUUCCUGAAGGACCCCACCAAGCAACUGCUGGUUGUCUAUGUAGAUGAAUUUGCCGGGCUGAAGAUGGAACAUGCCAUCCCCUACCAGGAGCAGAAGCUGCUGGCCUACUUCAUCCGCCACGAGAACGCAGAGAUCACAGCCGAGAACUUCCAGCAGACGGUACAGUUUGGCACGCUCCGCCAGCCUUAUAUCGACAGCCUACUGAGGCUCCUCAAUGGGGUCUACCUGCCCCGCCUCUUCCGCCAUGCAGCCUGGCCCGAGAGCAUCAAGAAUGAAUUCUUCUCGGAGGUCUAUCACUUCAUGACCUCUCUCACAGACACACGCUCUAAAAUGAAGGGCCGCACGGUUCUCUACAUCCCCAUCGAAUCCCUGCCCAUGAAGCCCGAGGCGGUUGUGAAGGACAAAGCCCUGAUUCAGAGACUGGAAACAUCCAUGAUUCAUUGGACUCGUCAGAUUAAGGAGGUGCUGCGGGCCCAGGAAGCGGUGGAGAGCCGGGAGAGCACAGGGCCACUGGAAGAGAUCGCCUUCUGGAAGAACCGCUGCGGUGACCUGUCAGAGAUCAGCAAGCAGCUGAGCAAGCAGGGUGUGAAGCACAUUGAGACCAUCCUGCUCCUCUCCAAGUCCUCCUAUGUGGCUGCCUUCCAGAGGCUGGCCAAGCAAAUCCAGGAUGGGUCCAAGCAGGCCCAGUCCAACCUCCGGUUUCUCUCCAUCCUGAAGGAGCCAUUCCUGGAACUGGCUAUGCUGAAGCCCAAGGACAUUCCUGAGAAGCUGCCUCACCUCAUCAGCUUGGUCCGCAUCAUCUGGGUCAACUCCCCAUACUACAACAGCAGGGAGCGCAUCACAGCGCUGUUCCGCAAGAUGAGCAACAAAAUCAUUAAGAUGUGCUGCCAGAGCAUCUCACUAGACCGCAUCUUCGAGGGCUAUGUGGAGUCUAGCUGGCACUCCCUACGUGACUGCAUCUCCUGCAUGGCCUCCUGGAAGGAGAGGUACCACCAGGCAGCUGAAAUGCACAACAGGCUUUCCGGGAAGGGUUGGGUCCUGGAUCAGAGCGGUAUCUUUGCCCAAGUGGACGCCUUUGUCCAGCGCUGCAAAGACCUCCUGGAGGUGUGCGACUGCCAGCAGCAUUUUGCUCGCUGGGAAGAUGGCAAGCAGACGCCGCUGCCCUGCUUCUUUGGCCACCGUGGGCCCCAGAUGAUGAGGAACCUGGUGGAGAUUGAAGAGACCUUCCAGAAGCACCUUCUCGCCCUGCGCAACAUGAAGGGGAACAUCCUGGAUGUAAAGAACACCUUCUGGCAUGAGGAUUUCAACCGGUUCCGCGCAGGCAUGAAAGACCUGGAGGUGAUGACCCAGAACCUGAUCAGCUCGGCCUUUGAGACGGUGCGGGACGUGGAGCACGGUGUGGAGAUCCAGGAUAUCUUCCACCACCUGUCAGAGAGGGAGACCAUCAAACGCACCUUUGACAAGAAAGCCGUGGACAUCUACAUGCUCUUCAACUGGGAGCUGAACCUGGUCAACAAGGAAUUGAGCAAGAAGCUGCCCUUCCUGCCGCCCUACAUGGGCCACUACUCGGGCCUGGCGCAUUGGAUCCGGGCACUUCGCCGCCGCAUCGACCGACCUAUGAUCUGCCUUGCCAAGGCCCACUUCAUGCCCCACAUUGGCAGAGGCGAGGAGAGUUUCCAGUACUACCAGCAGCUGACCCAAGCCAUGGACGAGAUCGAGAGGCGGGCAUUCCAUGAAUGGACACAGACCCUGGACAAAGACAGCCUGAAACGCCUGGACACCCCGCUGCUGGCCCUCAGUGCUGAGAAGCAUGGCAUGCUGGAUGUGAAUUUUGACAAAGACCUGCUGAAGCUCUUUGUGGAGAUCCACUACUGGGACCGGCUGCUUUUCGAGAUCCCUCACUACGUGGCAGAGGUCUACGAGAGGAGGGAGGAUCUCCGGGUCCUCCGUGAGAACCUGCUUCUGGUGGCCCGGGAUUAUAAUAGAAUCAUCGACAUGCUGUCGCCUGAGGAGAGAGCCUUGUUCAAGGAGCGCAUCCGCUACCUGGACCGGAAGAUUCAGCCUGGCUUGAAGAAGCUCCACUGGUCCCUGAAAGGUGCCAGCAUCUGCUUCAUCAGUGAGUGCCGUCUGCACGCCAGCAAGGUGCAGGCCAUCGUGACUGAGUUCAAGGUGGCCACGCUGGCCAUCGCCCGUGGGGCCCAGCAGCUCAGUGAGGCCCUGCUGGUGCGCCUCACGGGCAAACGGGUCUACGAUGACCUGGAGUUUGAGGACGACCAGCGCCAGCACCGGGCCUGGGCGCAGCAGAGGCUGCUGGACCUGUACAAUGAGGUUGCUGCCAUCCUGAGGCAGACCUAUGAAGUCUUCAAGCAGGACAGCCCUGAGGUGCAGCAGCACUGGAUGGCCUACAUGGUCAAGAUGGACAGGAUGAUGGAGGAAGCUUUCCGCCUCAACGUCAAGUGGUCCCUGGUGGAGCUCUCCAAGGCCAUCAAUGGGGAUGGCAAGACCACGCCUAGUCCCCUGUUCAGGGUCAAGGUGAUCCUUCAAGACAACUGCCCAGCUUCCUCACAGGUGGAGUUCUCACCCACACUGACCCAGCUCGCCAACAUGGUAAAUGACAUCGGUGGCCACCUCAUUGCCUGCAUCUCCAUCUUCCGCCACUUGCCUGAGGUCCUCACCAAGCGAAGGUUUCUCCGUGACCCCAUCUCCGUCCUUGUGGAGCGUGAUGAAGACAUCAAGAAGAUCCAGGCUCUCAUCAGUGGGGGCAUGCUAGCCAAUGCCACCCACCUCCAGGCCUACCUGAAAACCUGGGACGUCUACCGGGAGAUCUGGGAGGUCAACAAGGACUCCUUCAUCAACCGCUACAGGCACCUUAACCCGCUGGUGUCCUCCUUCGAUGCGGACACCGCUCGGUACAUGGAGGUGGCCAACAACGUGCAGAAGGAGGAGACAGUGUUGAGCCUGGGCUUUGUGCUGCUGGACUGUGCACGGCUGAAGGGUGCUGUGGUGCAGCACUGCACUGAGUGGCAGGGCAAGCUUACGGCCCUGCUGCGUGAGACAGCCAGUGGGCGCCUGCGCCACCUGCAUGCCCACCUACGGGACAGUGCCUGCAGCGUGAGCCGGCCCCCGCAGACCUUGCAGGAGCUGGGCCAGAGCCUGCAGCUGCUGGAGAACCUGCAGGCUGAGCUGUCCCAGCUGGAGGCUCAGAUCCCACCCAUCCAUGACCAGUUCGCCAUCUUGGACAAGUACGAGGUGCCCGUGGAGGAGGAGGUGCUGCAGCUGCUGGGUGGCCUGGGCGGGGAGUGGCUGGCCUUCCAGCAGUGCAUGCUGGACAGUGAGGUCAUGCUCAAGCGCCACAAAGAGAAGUUCAAGACUGGCCUCAUCCACUCAGCUGACGACUUCAAGAAGAAGGCCCAGGUUCUCCUGCAGGACUUUGGCGCCAAAGGCCCCUUCAGCAGUGCAGUGCCAUGCGCGGCAGCACUGGAGCAGAUUGCGGCACUACGUCAGGUGCUGGCUGCCAUGCAGGCCGAGGAAGGUGGCCUGCGCUCCAGCCUCGGCCUCUUCAAGAUCGAGCAACCGCCCUCCAAGGACCUGCAGAAGUUGGAGAAGGAGCUGGACUACCUGCAGCAGGUGUGGGAACUGACACAGGCGUGGGAGCUGCGCUGGGGCGAGUGGAAGACAGGCAGCUUCCGGACGCUGCAGACGGAGACCAUGGAGAGCAUCGCCCGUGGCCUCCUCCGCCAGCUGCACAAGCUCAGUCGCGACCUUAAGGACCACAACUGGGAGGUCAUCGAGACGUCCAAGGCCAAGAUCGAGCAGUUCCAGAGGACGAUGCCACUCAUCUCAGACCUGCGGAACCCGGCCAUGAGGGACCGGCACUGGGCGCAAGUGAAAGACAUGGUGCUGUGUCCCUUCGACCAGGAGGCUGAUGACUUCCGACUGGAGGAUGUGGUGGCGCUGGGGCUGGACCGGCACGGCGAGCAGGUGGCCGAGAUCUCGGCUGCCGCCACCAAGGAGCUGGCCAUCGAGCAGGCCCUGCAAGGCAUUGUGCAGACCUGGGACGUGAUGCAGCUGGACAUCGUGCCCUACAAGGACAAGGGGCACCACCGCCUCCGGGGCACAGAUGAGGUGUUCCAGGCGCUGGAGGACAACCAGGUGGUGCUGGCCACCAUGAAGGCCUCGCGCUUUGUGCGCCCCUUUGAGCGCGACGUGGAUGGCUGGGAGCGGUGCCUCUCGCUGGUGCUCGAGGGCAUCGAGAUGGUGCUCACCGUGCAGCGGCAGUGGAUGUACCUGGAGAACAUCUUCCUGGGUGAGGACAUCCGCAAGCAGCUGCCCGAAGAGUCAGCCUCCUUUGACCAGAUCAAUGCCAGCUGGAAGGGCAUCAUGGACCGCCUAAGCCGGGAUGCCAAUGCCCUGCGGGGCACCCAUUACCCAGGCUUGCUGGACACACUAGCAGCAAUGGCGGGGGCACUGGAGGACAUCCAGAAGUCACUGGACAUGUUCCUGGAGACCAAGCGCCGCAUCUUUCCCCGUUUCUACUUCCUGUCCAACGAUGACCUGCUGGAGGUGCUGGGCCAGGCCCGCAGUCCCGACGCCGUCCAGCCCCACCUCAAGAAGUGCUUUGACAGCCUGCGCGCCCUCCGUGUCCAGAAGGUGGGCAUGGGUAACAGGUCAGAGGCCAUGGGCAUGUGUUCGCUGGACGGGGAGUAUGUGGAGUUCAGCCACCCUGUGCUGUUGGAGGGACCCGUGGAGGAGUGGCUGUGUGAUGUGGAGCGCACCAUGCGCUGGACACUGAGGGACUUGCUGCGCAACUGUCGCCUGGCGCUCAAGAAGAUGCUCACUAAGCGCGAUAAGUGGGUGAAGGAGUGGGCCGGGCAGUUGGUGAUCGCAGCCAGCCAGAUGCAGUGGACGGCUGACGUCACCAAAUGCCUGCUCACCUGCAAGGAGCGCGGGGACAGGAAGUUCCUCAAGGUCAUGAAAAAGAAACAGGUGUCCCUGCUGCACCGCUACUCAGAGGCACUGCGUGGGAGCCUGCCCAAGCUGCUGCGCCUCAAGGUGGUGGCACUGGUGACAGUGGAGGUGCAUGCACGAGACGUCAUUGACCGGCUCCACCGCUGCCCUGUGCCUGAGCCCAGCGCCUUCGACUGGCUCAGCCAGCUGCGCCUCUACUGGGACAAGGACACGGACGACUGUGUGAUCCGCCAGACCAAUGCUCACUUCCCCUACGGCUAUGAGUACCUGGGCACUGCCCCCCGCCUCGUCAUCACCCCCCUCACCGACAGGUGCUAUAUCACACUGACCACGGCGCUGCACCUGCACCGCGGUGGCUCCCCCAAGGGCCCAGCCGGGACAGGGAAGACGGAAACGGUGAAGGACCUGGGCAAGGCGCUGGGCAUGUAUGUCAUUGUGGUCAACUGCUCCGAGGGCCUUGACUACAAGUCCAUGGGCCGCAUGUACUCUGGCCUGGCCCAGACAGGUGCUUGGGGCUGCUUCGAUGAGUUCAACCGCAUCAACGUGGAAGUGUUGUCAGUGGUGGCCCAGCAGAUCCUGUCCAUCCUCUCAGCCCUGGCCGCCAGCCUGGCCACCUUUGCCUUUGAGGGCCACCGCAUCCACCUGGUCCCCUCCUGCGGCAUCUUCAUCACCAUGAACCCGGGCUACGCUGGGCGGACGGAGCUGCCCGACAACCUCAAAUCCAUGUUCCGGCCCAUCGCCAUGGUGGUGCCCGACUCGACCCUCAUUGCCGAGAUCAUUCUCUUUGCUGAAGGCUUCAGCAACUGCAAGGUGCUGGCCAAGAAGGUCUACACACUGUACUCAUUAGCCCAGCAGCAGCUCUCCCGGCAGGACCACUACGACUUUGGGCUGCGGGCACUCACAUCCCUACUGCGCUAUGCUGGGCGCAAGCGCCGCACCCAUGCUGACCUCACCGAUGAGGAGAUCCUGCUCCUGGCCAUGAAGGACAUGAACGUGGCCAAGCUGACUUCUGGCGACCUGCCCCUCUUCACUGGCAUCAUCCAGGACCUCUUCCCCGGCAUUGAGUCUCCCACCAUCGACUAUGGCAAGCUGAAGGAAACUAUUGAAGGGGAACUGAAGCAGGUGGGGCUCCAGGUGACACCCCUUACCAUCACCAAGGUGAUCCAGCUCCACGAGACCAAGAACUCGCGCCAUUCCACUGUCAUUGUGGGCAGCACUGGUAGUGGCAAGACAGUGACCUGGCGCACCCUGCAGGCUGCCCUGUCAGCCCUGCACCGGUGUGGGGACCCCACCUACAGUCUUGUCAGGGAGUUCCCCCUCAACCCCAAGGCCCUGUCGCUGGGGGAGCUGUAUGGGGAGUAUGACCUCAGCACCAGUGAGUGGACAGAUGGCAUCCUGUCCAGUGUCAUGCGCUCAGCAUGUGCAGACGAGAGGCCAGACGAGAAGUGGGUGGUGUUUGACGGCCCUGUGGAUACUCUGUGGAUUGAGAGCAUGAACUCGGUCAUGGACGACAACAAGGUGCUGACGCUCACCAAUGGGGAGCGCAUCGCCCUUCCUGAGCAGGUCUCACUGCUCUUUGAGGUGGAGAACCUGGCGGUGGCCUCUCCAGCCACAGUGUCCCGCUGUGGCGUGGUCUACAUGGACUACAGUGACCUGGGCUGGAGGCCCUAUGUCCACUCCUGGAUUGAGCGGCGCCCCAAGAGUGAGGCUGAGACCCUGCAGCGCAUGUUCGACAAGUUUCUGGACAAGAUGUUAGCCUUCAAGAGAGACAACUGCUGCGAGCUGGUCCCCGUGCCUGAGUACAGCGGUGUUGUGGCCCUCUGCCGCCUCUUUUCAGCCCUGGCCACGCCUGAGAAUGGGGUGAACCCGGCGGAUGUAGAGAGCUACGGUGCAGUGCUGGAGAUGUACUUCCUGUUCAGCAUGAUCUGGUCAGUGUGUGCGGCUGUGGAUGAGGAGGGCCGCAAGCGGAUUGAUGCCUACAUCCGUGAGAUGGAGGGCUCCUUCCCCAAUAAGGACACAGUCUACGAGUACUUUGUGGAUGCCAAGAGGAAGAACUGGGCCUCGUUUGAGGACAAGCUGCCCAAGAUGUGGCGCUACCCGCCUACUGCCCCCUUCCACAAGAUCCUGGUGCCCACGAUGGACACGGUGCGCUACAACCACCUGGUGACGGCGCUGCUCUCAGCCCAGAGCCCUGUGCUGCUGGUCGGCCCCGUGGGUACCGGCAAGACCUCCAUCGCCCAGGGCGUCCUGCAGGGCCUGGACCGCACUGCCUGGGCUGUGCUCACCGUCAACAUGUCUGCCCAGACCUCAUCCAGCAAUGUGCAGAGCGCCGUGGAGAGUCGUGUGGAGAAGCGUACCAAGGGCGUGUAUGUGCCGCUGGGUGGCAAGAGCCUCGCCACCUUCCUGGACGACCUCAACAUGCCGGCACGUGAUGCCUUCGGGGCACAGCCCCCCCUCGAGCUGCUGCGCCAGUGGCUGGACUACGGCUUCUGGUACGACCGGGCCAAGCAGAGCCCCAAGUACAUCAAGGACAUGUUCCUCCUGGCAGCCAUGGGCCCCCCUGGGGGAGGCCGCACCGAGAUCUCCCCCCGGCUCCAGAGCAGGUUCAACCUCAUCAACAUGACCUUCCCCUCGGACUCCCAGAUCCGCCGCAUCUUUGGGACACUGCUGAACCAGAAGCUCCAGGCCUUUGAGGAGAGUGUGAAGCCACUGGGGCCAGUGGUGACAGAGGCCACGGUGGAGCUGUACCACAGUGUGGCGCAACGCUUCCUGCCCACACCUGCCUGCAUCCACUACCUGUUCAGCCUGCGCGACAUUGCCAAGGUCCACUUCGGGGUGUUCCAGGGGCUGCUGCGGUCGCACAAGGAUUUCCAUGACACCAAGACCAGCCUCACCCGCCUCUGGGUGCAUGAGUGCUUCAGGGUCUUUGCUGACCGGCUGGUGGAUGCGGGUGAUGCCGAGGCCUUCACGUGCAUCGUAGGCGAGAAGCUGGGCACCUUCUUUGACCUCACCUUCCAUGGACUCUGCCCCUCCAAGCGCCCGCCCCUCUUCGGGGACUUCCUGGGGGCGCGGCGGGUGUACGAAGAGCUGGCUGACUUGGGCGCGCUGCGGGCUGAGAUGGAGCAGGUGCUGGCCGAGCACAACCAGGCACCCGGUGCUGUGCCCCUACGCCUCGUGCUCUUCCGCGAUGCCAUCGAGCAUAUCAUGCGCAUUGUGCGAGUCAUUGGACAGCCACGGGGCAACCUGCUACUGGUUGGCAUCGGGGGCAGCGGGCGCCAGAGUCUGGCGCGUCUCGCCUCCGCCCUAUGCCAGUACUGCACCUUCCAAAUCCAGCCUGCACGCCACUACCGGCGUCAGGACUUCCGCGAUGACCUGAAGCGGCUGUACCGGCAGGCGGGCAUGGAGCUGGUGCCCACCACUUUCCUCUUCACCGACUCGCAGGCAUCUGACGAGGCCUUUCUGGAGGAUAUCAACAGCCUGCUCAGCGCUGGGGAGGUGCCCGCAUUGUACCGGCCUGAUGAGUGGGAGGAGAUCCAGGCACUGCUCUUGGAUGCAGCCAAGGCUGAGGGGGUCCCUGAGACACCUGACAGUCUCUUCGCCUUCCUCAUUGAGCGGGUGCGCGACAACCUGCAUGUGGUCCUGUGCCUCAGCCCUGUGGGCGAGCUCUUCCGGAACUGGAUCCGGCAGUACCCUGCCCUGGUGAGCUGUACUACCAUCGACUGGUUCUCGGAGUGGCCGCGCCAGGCGUUGCUUGAGGUAGCCGAGAAAUACUUGGAGGGGGUUGACCUGGGGCCACAGCCAGAGAUGGCCCGGAAGGUGGCCCGGAUCUUCACAGCCGUGCAUGGCUCCGUGGCCACCUACUCCCAGAAGAUGCUGGUGGAGAUGCGGCGCUACAACUACGUCACCCCCAGCAGCUACCUGGAGUUGGUCUCGGGCUACAAGAAGCUGCUGGGUGAGAAGCGGCAGGAGCUGGGCCAGCAGGCUGGGCGGCUGCGCACGGGGUUGGCACGGAUUGACGAGACACGCACCAAGGUGGAGGCCAUGGGAGCAGAGCUGGCACACGCCAAGUGCCGCGUGGCUGAGGUGCAGCGCCAGUGCGAGGAGUACCUGGUGGUCAUCGUGCAGCAGAAGCGUGAGGCCGACGAGCAGCAGAAGACGGUGACAGCCAACAGCGAGAAGAUCGCGGCUGAGGAGGUGAAGUGCAAGGCGCUGGCCGACAAUGCACAGAAGGACCUAGAGGAGGCGCUGCCAGCACUGGAGGAAGCCAUGAAGGCACUGGAGUCACUGAACAAGAAGGACAUGACAGAGAUCAAGUCAUACGGGCGCCCACCGGGGCUGGUGGAGACUGUCAUGCAGGCCGUCAUGAUCCUGCGCGGCAGUGAGCCCAGCUGGGCUGAGGCCAAGCGCCAGCUAAGUGAGCCAACCUUCAUCAAGCAGCUGAUCCACUUUGACAAGGACAACAUCUCAGACAAGGUGCUCAAGAAGAUUGGGGGCUUUUGUGCCCAGCCCGACUUCCAGCCCGACAUCGUGGGCCGCGUCUCGCUGGCCGCCAAGUCCCUCUGCAUGUGGGUCCGCGCCAUGGAGAUGUAUGGGCGCAUUUACCGUGUGGUGGAGCCCAAGCGUGCACGCAUGAACGCAGCCGCAGCCCAGCUUGCCGAGAAGCAGGCGUCACAGGCUGAAGCCCAGGCCAAGCUGCGCGAGGUGGCAGAGAGGCUGGAGCGGCUGAAGCAGGAGUAUGAGGAGAAGCUGGCACAGAAGGAGGAGCUGCGGGCGCGCUCGGAGGACAUGGAGCUCAAGCUGGACCGGGCUGACAAGCUGGUGUCAGGGCUUGCGGGCGAGAAGGCCCGCUGGGAGGAGACCGUGCAGGGCCUGGACGAGGACCUGGGCUAUGUGGUGGGUGACUGCCUGCUGGCUGCUGCCUUCCUGUCCUACAUGGGGCCCUUCCUCUCCAACUACCGCGACGAGAUCGUCUCCCAGAUCUGGAUGAAGCAGAUCCGGGAGGAGCAGGUGCCCUGCUCGCCACGCUUCUCGCUGCCUGGCUUCCUGGCCACCCCACCGACAGUGCGGACCUGGACGCUGCAGGGGCUGCCCUCUGAUGCCUUCUCCACUGAGAACGGGCUCAUCGUCACCCGUGGCACCCGGUGGCCACUCAUGAUUGACCCCCAGGGCCAGGCCUCCAAGUGGAUCAAGAACAUGGAGGCAGACAAGGGCCUGCGUAUCUUGGAUCUGCAGGGCGACUACCUGGGGGCGCUGGCGGGGGCUGUGCAGCAGGGGGUGCCGGUGCUGAUCCAUGACCUGCAGGAGCAGCUUGACCCUGCGCUCACACCCCUGCUGGGCCGUGCUGUCACCAGAGUGGGUGGCCGGCUGCUGCUGCGCCUGGGGGACCGGGAGGUGGAGUACAGCCCUGCCUUCCGCCUCUACCUCACCACCAAGCUGUCCAACCCACACUAUGCACCCGAGACAGCUGCCCGCGCCGCCAUUGUCAACUUCGCUGUCAAGGAGCAGGGCCUGGAAGCACAGUUGCUGGGAAUUGUGGUACGCAAGGAGCGCCCAGAGCUGGAGGAGCAGAAGGACACAUUGGUGCUCAACAUUGCAGCCGGCAAGAGGCGGCUGCAGGAGCUGGAGGAUGAGAUCCUCAGGCUGCUGAACGAGGCAACAGGGUCACUGCUGGAUGACUUGCAGCUGGUGACGACCCUGCAGAGCUCCAAGGUGACGGCCGGUGAGGUCAGUGACCAACUGGCCACCAGCGAGGCCACGGAGGCCAAGAUCGAUGCCGCUCGCGAGGCGUACCGGCCAUGCGCCCAGCGGGCAGCCGUGCUCUUCUUUGUGCUGAUGGACAUGGGGCGCAUUGACCCCAUGUACCAGUUCUCGCUGGAUGCCUACGUGGAGCUCUUCACCCUCAGCAUUGCCCGCAGCCCCCGCGGUGCCCGCCUGGACGAGCGCAUCCGCUGUCUCAAUGACCACCACACCUACGCCGUCUACAGGUACGCCUGCCGCGGGCUCUUUGAGUGCCACAAGCUGCUCUUUAGCUUCCACAUGUGUGCCAAGAUCCUGGAGGUGGCUGGGAGCCUCCACACGGAUGAGUACAGCUUCUUCCUGCGCGGGGGCGUGGUGCUAGACCAUGAGGGGCAGAUGGACAACCCGUGCCCAUCCUGGCUGCCCGAUGCCUACUGGGACAAUGUGACAGAGCUGGACAAGUUGCCGAGCUUCCAUGGCAUCAUGAACUCCUUCGAGCAGCACCCACGUGACUGGCACCUCUGGUACAGCAGUGCCCGGCCUGAGCGGGCCCUGCUGCCAGGGGAGUGGGAGAACGCAUGCGGGCAGCUGCAGCGGAUGUUGGUGGUGCGGGCACUGCGCCCUGACCGCGUGGGGCUCUGCAUCAGUGCCUUCGUCGUCUCCCAUCUGGGCUCUGCCUUUGUCGAGCCACCUGUGCUCUCCAUGAAGGCCGUGUUGGAAGACUCGUUGCCACGGACGCCGCUGGUGUUUGUGCUGUCGCCCGGUGUGGACCCGGCACCAGGGCUGCUGCAGCUGGCGGAGCAGGUGGGCAUGGCCCUGCGCCUGCACGCCCUCUCACUGGGCCAGGGCCAGGCCCCCAUUGCCACCCGCAUGAUCCAGGAGGGCGUGCGCCACGGGAGCUGGGUGUUCCUCGCCAACUGCCACCUGUCACUAUCGUGGAUGCCGCAGCUGGCAAAGCUGGUGGAGCAGCUGGCAGCCGAGGACCCGCACCCCGACUUCCGCCUGUGGCUCAGCUCCAGCCCCCAUCCUGGCUUCCCCAUUUCUGUGCUGCAGGCUGCCAUCAAGGUCACCACCGAGCCACCCACGGGCCUGAAGGCCAACAUGACGCGCCUGUACCAGCUGGUGACGGAGCCGCAGUUUGGGCGCUGCAGCCGCCUGGCACGCUACAAGAAGCUGCUCUUCGCCCUCUGCUUCUUCCACAGUCUCCUGCUGGAGCGGCGCCAGUUCCUGCAGCUGGGCUGGAAUGUCAUCUAUGGCUUCAAUGACUCCGAUUUCGAGGUGUCAGAGAACCUGCUGAGCCUCUACCUAGAUGAGUACGAGGAGACGCCGUGGGAGGCACUGCGCUACCUCAUCGCGGGUGUCAACUAUGGUGGUCACGUGACAGACAACUGGGACCGGCGCCUCCUGCUAGCCUACAGCAGUGACUGCUUCUGCGAGCAGGCCUUAGCCACGCCCUUCUACAAGCUGUCAGCGCUGGACACCUACUACAUCCCGAAGGACGGGGACCUGGCAUCAUACCGGGAGCACAUCAGCAUGCUGCCGGCCCAUGACCCCCCGGGCGCCUUCGGGCAGCACACCAAUGCUGCUGCUGCCGCUGCCAUCAGCACUGCCCGCACCCUGCUUGACACCCUGCUGGCCUUGCAGCCCCAACGCCCACCCAGCCCUGCCGCCCAGAGCCGUGAGGACAAGGUGCUGGAGCUGGCGGGUGACGUGCUGGCACGGGUACCCACUGAGCUGGACCUUGUGGGUGCCCGCCAGGUGCUAGCCGACGACCCCUCACCCCUCACUGUGGUACUGCUGCAGGAGAUGCAGCGCUACAAUGCCCUGCUGCGCGUUGUCAGGUCCUCAUUGGUGGAACUAGAGAAGGGCAUCCAGGGUCUGGUGGUGAUGUCGACCACACUGGAGGAGAUCUUCAACUGCAUCCAUGAUGCCCGCGUGCCCCCCCUCUGGGAGCGGGCCUACCCAUCACUGAAGCCGCUGGGGUCCUGGACGCGGGACCUGGGGCAGCGAGUGGAGCAGUUGGCCCGUUGGGCUGAGACCGCCCACCCCCCAGUGCUCUUCUGGCUUGGUGGCUUCACAUUCCCCACUGGCUUUCUGACUGCUGUGCUGCAGGGCGCUGCCCGCCAGAGCAAGGUGGCUGUGGACUCACUGUCCUGGGAGUUCAUCGUCUCCACCGUGGAUGACAGCAAUCUGGUCUACCCGCCCAAGGAGGGUGUGUGGGUUCGAGGGCUGUUCCUGGAGGGUGCGGGCUGGGACCGGCGGAACUCGUGCCUGGCAGAGGCAGCACCCAUGCAGCUGGUCUGCGCCCUGCCCAGUGUGCACUUCCGGCCAGUCGAGAGCCGGAAGAAGGCGGGCAGAGGCUUCUACUCGUGCCCGCUGUACGUGUGCCCGCGCCGCGCCGCCGGGUUUGUGCUGACGCUGGAUCUGCGCGCGGGCGCGGCUGCCCCCGAGACCUGGGCCAAGCGCGGCGCCGCGGCCCUGCUCAGCCUCGACGUGUAGCGCCGCCCCCAAUAAACUGCUGACCGUG